UCACAGUCUCCCACUCUUCCUGAGAAGAGAAGCUUUAGCAUCAAAAAUUAAAAAUGGCUUCUACAUUUUCCAUCAUCUCUCCCCAUUUCACUCCUCUCCUCUUCUCCCAUUUGCUUCUCUUCCACUUCUUCCUUCACACCCACCCGCCCCUCGUCUCCGCCCUUAACAUCACAGCCCUCCUCUCCCCUUUCCCAGAUCUCUCCAUCUUCAACAACCUCCUCACCACAUCCGCCGUCGCCUCAGAUCUUUCCCUUCGCUCCUCCCUCACUCUCCUCGCCGUCCCCAACCGUUUCCUCAGCUCAUCCGACCUCGUUCGUCACCCUUACGCCGUUGCCGACGUCCUCCGCUUCCACGUCCUCCUCCAGUAUCUCUCCUGGCCUGACCUUCUCCAAGUCCCUCCUAACGGCAAGCUCGUCACCACUCUCUUCCAGGCCACCGGCCGUGCUACCGCCGACCUCGGCUCCGUCAACAUCACCCGCAACCCCUCCGACACCACAGUCUAUGUUCGCUCUACCAAUUCUUCCUCCUCCACCACCCCAAUUCCCAUUCUCUCUCUUGUCAAAACCCUCCCUUACAAUGUCUCCAUCUUCACCGUUAAUUCACUCCUUGUCCCCCCCGGCUUCGAUCUAAUGGCCUCCGAGAACCAACCCCCUGUGGGUCUCAACAUCACCGAGGUCCUGAUCAAUAGCCAUAACUUCAAUGUUGCUGCUUCCAUGCUCACCGCUUCUGGGGUUGCUAAGGAGUUCGAGGACGACGAAGGUGGAGCUGGGAUUACUUUUUUCGUCCCCACUGAUAUGGCUUUCGCUGAUCUUCCCAUCAUGGAGAGGCUUCAGUCUUUACCUGCUGACAAGAAGGCUGUGAUCUUGAAGUUUCAUGUUUUGCAUUCUUAUUACCCUUUGGGUUCACUGGAAUCUAUAGUGAACCCUGUGCAGCCCACGUUGGCGACGGAGGACACGGGGGCUGGUCGAUUUACUCUGAAUAUUACGAGGGUUAAUGGGUCGGUGGCGAUCGAUACGGGGAUUGUUCUGGCCUCGAUAACGCAAACGGUUUUUGAUCAGAACCCGGUUUCGAUUUUUGCUGUUUCCAUGGUUUUGUUGCCCAAGGAGAUUUUUGGUAACGAACCCACGGGGCCUGCCAGUAGAAUUCUGGGAGCUCAGCCUCCGGAUGUGUCAUUGUCGCCACAGGAUUCACCAUCCCCUUCGUCUUCGCCGGGUUUUCACGCUGAGAUUCGAUCGAGUGCGGCUGUUGUUGAGCUAUGCAAAGCCAUUGCUCUGCUCUGUAUAUCGUUCAAUUACUUGGUCUGGUUGUAAUAUUUAUAUAGUAUUUAAUUUUUUUUGUUUUCUCCUCCUCUUAAUCUUAAUUUUUUUGGAGGUAUAUUAAUUGGGCUUUCUUGGAAUAAUUUGAGAACAAAAGCACCAAUUUAUUGUUUGAUUUCUGUUCUUCGAUGUAUGUUUUCUUGUAAAGAGGCUGUAUUCGGUUCCUGUUUUUCUUGGAAUUUUCGUUUGGGAUGGUCUGUCGGUAUGGGUGCAAGCAAGAAGGGGUUUUGUUUCUGUUGUAUUACCAUAGUGAUCUCAAGAACUUGUUUAACUUAUGAGAAAGGAAUUGACAAUUAGCUGUUCCUGUUAAAAGGAAAGGAUGAAAGUUUAACCUUUGUA